GCGGUGCGCGGUCCCGGCAUCCCAGGCCUUGGGGAGCCCCCGGGCACAAUCACGCUGUCGCCCCCCUCCCUCCGGUGCCACCCUCGCAAACAGCGCUGGUGGGUCUGGGUGCCCCUGCCCCGGGCAUGGUGGAUGCUGCAGGCACCGCCAGCCGGGGGGGUGGCAGCAGGGGGGACAUCUCCAUGGCUCUUGCUGGGGCCACGUUACUGCUGUGGCAUGUGUUUUGUGCCCUGAGCUGGCCACGCUGCACCCUGGACCCCUCCUGCCUUUCCUGGGGUGAAAUGGGGGCACUCAAUGGGUUUGCCUUGCUGUGAUUUCAGGGAGCACAUCCUGGCUGGGAGGGAGCUGGGAGACGGGCUUUUGAUGCCAGUGACCCAGCGAGACAUACUGGGUGAACCUUCCCAUUCCCAGUCCCGUCUGCUCCCGGCCCCACAGAGGAGGAGGUGGCCCAGGGUCACCAGUUUGGGCACUGGUGGAGACCAGAGGUGACCCCAACCCACCCCAGGGGACACAGCAGAGGUUGCACAGCCCCACCUGCUUAAAUACCUCUCCUGGCUGUUGGAAAACAUCUCCUUCCAAGCCCCCUCGACCAGCAGCGGGAAGGAGACCGCCGAGAUGUUUGCCGUCUGCCCGCCGGGUGCCCCAGCAAACGCCCCGUUCCGGGGGGGCCCAGCACUGGGCACGGCCUCCCCGGGGGCCGGCUGCGGGCAGGACUCCAACUCCAACUUUGUGGGAGAGGUGUGUGACAGCAACGAGAACUGGAGCCGGGCAGCGCCGGGGUCCCCGCCGGAGGAGGGCUCCAGCCGGAGCGAAAACACCACAAAUCCCUCCGAUAAUCUGCUGUUAUUAAUGCAGAGACAGAUGGUCCAGGGCCGGCUUAGGGACACCCCCCCAAGCCCGGGCGCCGGGCAGCCGCGUCUCCCCGAGCCGGGGGUGCGCAGCCCCCCCGAGGGAGCAGAGGUCGGUGGGGCUGGGGGCCAAAACACAGCCCCCGAGGAGCAGGCCGAGGGGUGCAACAAGCCCCCCGGCUCCCCCGCGGAGGACAACGGCUACGCCAGCAGCUCCAUCAGCAUCGACAGCCCCGACAGCGCCUGUGGGGGCACCUGGGACCCCCCCGACGCCGCCCCCCGCCCCGGGAGCCCACCCCAGUUUGGGGAGUCCGAGCCGGGGACCCUCUUCCCGGCGCUGGCGGAGGCCGUGCAGCACCUGCAGGACAAGGAGCGCUUCAAGGAGCGGGAGAAGGAGAAGCACCACAUCCAGCUGGUGAUGUACCGGCGCCUGGCCCUGCUGCGCUGGAUCCAUGGCCUCCAGCAGAAAGUGGUGGAUCAGCAGAACCGCCUGCAGGAGAGUUUCGACACCAUCCUGGAUAACCGCAAGGAGCUCAUCCGCUGCAUGCAGCACGGCCCCCCCUGCCCCCCCGCCACCGCCGCCCCCAGCCCAUGAGGUGUCCCCCGCGUUGCCUGGUCCCCCCCUUAUCCCCCCGGCCAGCGUGGGGCUGGCUGGUGGCAUCUCGGGGGUCACACGUGGUGCAGAGCACUCGCUGGGUGCCUGGGUGCCCUCCCUGCCCUUCUCAUCUCUCUCCAACGUGGCUGAGGGUCCCCGGAGCAUCCAUCUCACUUUUCCCUCCAUGUGGGAACUCGUGUCCCACCGGUCUGGGGACAGUGGCACACGGGGCUGGGUAGACCUCAGGACCUGGGCUUUGCUGAGCCUGGCGUGACGAGGCUCAUCUUUUAAAUCUAAUUUAUGGUCCUGGCAGCGAGGGCCUUGGCACGGCGAAGCUUUUAAAUGUACCCAGGCAAAGCCCUUCAGCACGUGCUCGGGCACCAGCACGAGGUCACCUCAUCCCCCGCGUGGUGCCCGCACCGGUGCCCCCGCACGGAAACGGCCAGAGCUAAACACCCCGUGGGGUCAGGGUGUGUGGGGCUGUUCCUUGGGCUCACCUAAUGAAGCAGGUGUCAAAGCUUUGCAGAUAAGAUCUAAACUCAUGCAGAGAGAUGGAGAGAG